AUGGUCAAGCCUCUAUCUUUCAAAGGAGAUAAAAAGACGAAGAAGAGAAAGCGGCAGCCUGAUGAUAACGAAGGGAGUGCCACAACCGAACCUUACAAAACCUCCGCUGCGGAUAUUGAAGCUCCAGCCGACGAUGAUGGCCAGAAUUGGGUCUCUGCCGAUAUACCAGCUGAGAUAGCAGGGCCUGUUUUACUUGUGUUGCCAUCAACUCCACCGUCAUGCAUUGCUUGUGAUGUCAACGGAAAGGUAUUCGCCAGCGAGUUGGAGAAUAUUGUAGAAGGGAAUCCAGGUACCGCGGAACCACAUGACGUCCGCCAGGUAUGGGUAGCAACAAAGGUUGUAGGGAGUGAAGGAAUCAGUUUUAAAGGACAUCACGGAAGCGCCAACUCGUCCGCGAUAUCAGCUCUCGAGUCCUUUGUCCCAAUUUCUUGUCCGAACUCCCCAGGCAUGAUAUCACUUCAGAUAUGUGGUGGUGAUAUUGAAGCGUUCAUUUCCUCCAAGGAAACUCCUUCAGCUGCUUCCAAGCCGUCUAUUGAAAUCCGGGGUGAUGCCACUGAAAUUUCAUUCAAUACUUCUCUCAGGGUCCGGAUGCAGGCGCGUUUCAAACCAACAACAAAGUCUGCAGCCGCAAAAGAAAGCAAGGCGUUGGAGAAGAUUAGCCGGAAAGAAUUAGAGGAAGCUGUAGGUAGGAGGCUGAAUGACAGUGAAGUAAAGCGACUGAGGAAGGCACGGAGAAAAGGGAAUUAUCAUGAAGAAAUCCUGGAUGUUAGGGUUCAAGGUAAACACGAUAAGUUUGCCUAG